AUGAGGCGACUGAAGGAGAAACAAAAAGUGUUUUACGUCAGACAAUGGAACAAGGCUAAGGUUUGUUUAACUUUUGAAAAAAAGUACAUGUACACCUUGGGCAUCAGCGUAUUAUUAUUCGAAAACAUUGUUCAUGAUUUUUUCACAUAUUUCCAUAUGUUUUUGGAAGAAGGUGUCGAACUUUAUCUACAUUUCAAUGUUUGGAAUCUACCCAUGGCAAUCUCGGAAGCUGUCGCAAAAAAACUGCGUUAUUUCAGGACGUCUCCAUGGGAUUCUAAGGAGAAUCUGCCUUUGGAUUAUGCUCGCAUCUUCCAGUUCCAAAACUAUAGGAGAACCAGGAAAAUAGUUUUAAAUGAAAUCGGCGAGUAUGACUACACAUCAUGCGUUCAUCCAGGACAAUAUGUGACGUUGCAAAUCGACCGCGUUCCGAUAUCACUCGCACAGCAAUGGGACGAAUCUGCUCCGAUGGUAUUACAUCAACUACUGCCUCAUGAACAACGUAUGUCAGUUGUAAACCUCCUUAUUCGAAGACAUCACUCAUGCACAGUUCCUAUCAUGAAUAAGCAGAAACUGAUCUUCAACGUUGGUUUCCGUAAAUUUGAAGCAUGUCCAAUUUUUAGUCAACAUACUAACGGAGACAAGUUUAAGAUGGAACGUUUCUUGCCGAUGAAUGCGUGUUGUGUCGCUACCGUAUUUGCUCCAAUCACUUUUCCUCCGGCUUCGGUGUUGGUUUUCCGGGAAGGAAAAACUGGAGAACAGGAACUGGUUGCUACAGGAUCUGUACUUGACGUUAAUCCAGACAGAAUAGUUUUGAAGCGGAUAGUGUUAUCAGGUCAUCCUUACAAAAUCAAUAAGCGCGCCGUUGUUUGCCGCUACAUGUUCUUCCACAGAGAGGAUAUUGAGUGGUUCAAACCUGUAGAGUUAUAUACUCCUAGUGGACAUCGUGGGCACAUAAAAGAAGCGUUAGGUACUCAUGGUCAUAUGAAGUGCCGAUUUGAUAAACAACUGAAUGCUGCUGACUCAGUUAUGAUGUCUCUCUAUAAGAGAGUUUUUCCAAAAUGGACGUAUAAUCCCAGGGUCCGUUAUCCGUUUUCCGCCGUUCAUUUCAUUAGAGAGAAGCUCCUACAGAUGGAGCAAACGAAGAGCAGUAUGAUAUUGCUUUAA